CAGUCUGGUCUUGGGACGCUUCAGGGACUGGCCGUAAAGCUGUGAUUCGUGGUGCAUCUCCACUGAUGUGUUUUCUGGCUUCCAUUAAUUUUGAGGAUCUUUUUGUAACUCCCUGGCUGCGGCCCAGGAACAGUCCUGUACCGUGUCAGAGCAGUUUGGGGUUUCUGCAUGCCAGCAGUUCCUCUUUUGCAAAGGAAAAUGGAGCUAGCGCUACAAGAAUGCUGCCUGAGUGGCUUGUGUGUGACCUCUGGGGACACAUGCAGUGAGCAUGCAGCCCCAAAUCUCCGCCCUGCGAGGAAGGAUGGGCUGGUGCAGCGUUUCCAUGCUGCUGUGGGUCAUCCUGCACAGACCAGUGUUCCCUCUGAUGUCAGUUGACCAAAACUGCUCUCCCAAGCUGCAGCAGAGGCUCCAGCGCUGCGUCUGGAAGGUGUUUGUUCCUGAAGCCUCCAGGAACGUUUCUUCUCUCCUUGUUCUCCAGGUGACCCUUGCAAAAAUGCGCUCCCACGUCUCGUCCUGUGCGAAGGUGCAGGAGCAGAUGGCCAACUGCCCCAAGUUCGUUCCCGUUGUCCCCACGUCCCAGCCUAUUCCCAGCAAUAUUCCCAAUCGCUCAACGUUUGUGUGCCCGUACUGUGGGGCCCGGAACCUGGACCAGCAGGAGCUGGUGAAGCACUGCAUGGAGAACCACCGCAAUGACCCCAACAAAGUGGUGUGCCCAGUCUGCUCAGCCAUGCCCUGGGGGGACCCCAGCUACAAGAGCGCCAACUUCCUCCAGCACCUCCUCCACAGGCACAAGUUCUCCUACGACACCUUCGUGGACUAUAACAUCGAUGAGGAGGCAGCGUUGCAGGCUGCCCUGGCACUGUCGCUCUCUGAGAACUGAGGGGGGCUGCGGAGCAUCGGUUUGGACCCCCAUCAUACCCCGUCUCCUUUUGCACACUCAGCCUUCCUGCAGGGGAGGCACGGCGCUCGUCAACCCCCCGGAGACCCACUGCCGCCUCUUCCCUCUCCUCUCUGGGCAAAUCCCACCUUGUUUCAGAAGGUGGAGUCUCUUUAGCGUCGCGCUGGACUGGUGAGUGAGCAGAGACAUCCGGAGAGAGGAGUCUGUGCCGAAGGGCUGGGAUCGUUCCUUGGUUAGGCAUUUCAUAUCCGUAUACGGAGUAUAUACCUGUAUCCAGAUCUAUUUAUUAUUAGAUGCUUUUUGGCACCGUCUGUCUUCAUGCUCUCUGUUGCAAUCGAAUAGGUACGUAAAACCGUGAUGCAUUUUCUGCAGAAAUGCCCUAGUUUGAAACUGCGAUCGUCCACGUCCUUUUUGAAAGGGAAGAAAAUCGCACGGAGCAGCUUUUUAUUUGAUUUUAUUUUAUUUUUUAAACCCUACGAGGUUAUUUCCAGAGACUGUCCCAUCGCCCCAGCUGCCUCCUUUGCCUGCUACUGCGCAGGCCGGGCUGCAUCCCAGGGCGAGACCAGUUGCCCUGCUGUGCCCCAUGGUGGCGGUGGGUUCGGAGGAGUCCGCGGGGACGGCGUCCGGUGUCCAGUGAAACCCUCACCUUCCUCGUUUUGUACCGGCUCUUGUGAUACUGAGUUCUUGCAUUUUUCUACAUUAAUCGGCGUGAUGCCUUUUCCACGUUUUAUAGAGUGGGAACAGAAGCUGUUACUCUUCACACUGCAAUAUCCGUCACCGGGGACAAGAGUAUUUUUAUGGAACA